AUCUAUGAGAAUAUAAUUAUUGAGAUUUAUCCCGGAGGCGACCAGUUCAAAAUAGUGUGUGCCUUGUCGCAUUUGCUCGAAAGGACUUUGCAAAUUUGGGAACUUCAGUGACGAUAUUUUGUCGGUUGUCUGUCCUGUUUGAAUAGUACGUAUUGCAGACCAGGAACACAUAUGUUCACUUGAUCGCUUGCUCCGGUUCACACUACCGCUUACUGGACAAGGGAAUUAGUUGCGCUCAACUCAACGUGUUGUCAAGCUCAGACUAGAGAAGAAGAAGGGGAAAGUUGCUCUACGGCCCGUCGUCAGAUUUUCCAGAUAUAUCUGGAGGGAAGGAUUUUUCUGAAUCGCCAGUCAGAAACACUUGGGCAUCCGUGUCGCACAUCGUACAAAUAGACCAGCCUUUACAGGCGAUCCAACCAUCCCAGAACGUCCAGCCGGCCCGAAUCGUUCAGCCCAGUCAGGCUGUUCAGCCCACCCUGACUGCACAGGUUAUGCAGACAAAACAGCCUCCUCAGGUGGGACAGCCUGUUUCCACCGUUCUACAACCCCAGGUUGUCCAGACAGACCAGUCGCUACAGACAAUCCAGCCAUCCCAGGACGUCCAGCCUAACCAGAUCGUUCAGCCUGCUCAGAUCUAUCAGCCUACCCAGACUGCACAGUUUAUGCAGGCAAUACAGCCUCCCCAGGUUGUCCAGCCUAGCCAGAUCGCUCAGCCUGCUCAGAUCAAUCAGCCUACCCAGACUGCACAGUUUAUGCAGGCAAUACAGCCUCCCCAGGUCCUCCAGCCUGGCCAGAUUGCUCUACAACCCCAGGUCGUCCAGCCUGAGCAGAUCGUCCAGCCUAACCAGGUCGUCGAGCUUCCCACCCGUCUUCCGCAUUACCAGCAAAUCCAGCCUGGUCAGCCAGCCCAGAUCAUUCAGCCUGCUCCGAUGGGUCACUUUCCCACUCCGGUGCCAUACCUCCAGCAAGCACAGGCUGCCCAGACUGCACAUCAUGUGCAGAUCGCCCAGUCUGCCCAGACCGUCCAGCCUGCUCAAAUGGUCCGUUUUCUCCCUCCGGCCACGUGUUCACAGCAAGUCGAGCUUGUCCAGACCGCCCGGAUUGCCCAGCCUCCACAGACAUUACAAUCUACCCAGAUUGCACAGCCUCUACAGACAUUACAGCCUACCCAGAGUGCACAGCCUACCCAGAUCGUCCCGCCAACCCAGGCCGUCCAGCCCGAUGGGGUCGCUCAUCUUGCCCGGAAUGCACAGCCUGUCCAGACUGCGCAGCCGCAGCAGAGUGUCCAGGUUACUCCUCUGAUACCAUAUUUCCGUUUCGCCCAUCCUAUCCAGAUACAUCAGCAUCAGCCACUGGUUCAGCGUCAACAACAAACCCAGCCUCGGAAUCUAGACCAGCUUCAGCAACCAGUCCAGCACCAGCAACCAUUCCAGCAUCAGCAACCAGUCCAGCACCAGCAACCAGUCCAGCAUCAGCAACCAGUCCAGCAUCAGCAACCAGUCCAGCAUCAGCAACCAGUCCAGCAUCAGCUACCAGUCCAGUAUCAGCAACUAGUCCAGCGUCCACUGCAAGGGAUCUUACCGCGGUGGUUCAAUCGUGCCGAACGGCAGGAGACCCAGCAGAUCAUAUGGAAAAAGAACACCUAGGAUCAUCUGCAAGCACCUCCAAGUACCUGCCAAAUUUGCUACAAGACAUACCCGGACAGAUUACACUUUCACGGCACAUAGGGCCUCACACACACCACUAUAUAUGACCACAUACUUGCUGGCACAUGCCCAUCCACUUCGAGGAGGAACUACCGUCGUACGACGUCUGCCUGUUCAUUUACUCUUCUACAAACUGAAUGAACUCUUAAAAUACAAAAGGAUUUCAUGUCCUGGCUGAGGAGGCUGAGGACUGAGGACGCCCAUUUGCAGGUUGCUUUUCAGUAUUGUGGAAAGGAAAGAAGCCAGGAGGAUGGUCACCUGAUGUUUCCACCGGGCACAAUUCCUGCAGCUGCAUGUUGGCAACUGGGAUGGCGGAAGAAGACGAGACACAUCAUGGUCAAUUUUUUUGCAAUUGGCCACUCAAUCACAGUUGUAUCUUUCUGAAGUUAAAUCAAUCCACAAGGGACAUGUCAUGUUCAUAUAAACUGUCAACCAUAUCGUAGCGCGUUAAAAUAUUCUCAUCGAGCAAGCCUGUUGUUGCCAAUGAUCAGCUGAGCUGCUCUCCCUUGCAUUGCUGAGGUGAUGUUCCCCUCUUGCACUUAUUUGUUGCAGUAUGUGCUUUUCUUUCUAGCUAAGGCGUUACGUUUGUCAAGCGUUCUUUGCGCGUUGUCGGUUAAUUCACCGGAAUAUGGGUGUGUGGUUAUAGGACAGUUACUUUGCAUCCAGUACAAGUUUGUCUCUUUCACAAGAUGAUGGCUGCUGCCACAAACAUUCCUGAGCAUCUCGGAUGUUGUACUAAGUUUAUGAACUGUUAUUGGCUUUUUUGGUGCUAAACACUUGCGCUUCCCAUUAAAUAUUGUGCUUAUGUAACAUUAUUCGUUCCUGUGGUAUUAGUUUUGUAACGUCUGUUGGUAAUCAUAGAUAUGGU